GGAAGGCGGGACCUGGGGGACACCGCCCUCUCGGGCUGGGGUUCCCUGACCGCGGCGGCUGCCUCCGCAGGACAGCCUCUGCUUCGCUCUCAGAACGAGUGCAGGGUCCUCGGACAGGCGCUCGGGACUCGGAGAGCCUCUGUGUCCCUAAAAGUGGCUGAAGGCUCCCUCACACCGAGCCUCCAUCCUGCCAAGGUGCCUCCGCUUCCCCAACCCUGCUUAAGACGCCUCAAAACUACCACUCCCAGCAUGCACCGCGCGAACCCAUUGACUCCGCGAGUCAGGUGACUGGGAUCAGGUGACUUCGGGCCCGCCCUCUCGCAGAUCUAGCCGGACCGGGGAAGCGGGUACGGCCCGGAGCAUCUCCUACGACUCGUGGGUCGGUCCCAGAGCCUCAGAAGAUCUCAGUUGCCGCCCAAUUCUGAGUCGCGGAGUUUACAGGUUGCUUUUGGAGAAGGGAGACUCCAAAAGGACCCUUCAGAAACUCCGGGGAAAUUCUUUGAAAUUGAAGAACAUGAUAAGGAGUUGGCUGGUUAUUUUUAUCCUUUUUCCCCUGAAGCUCAUAGAGAAAUGCGAGUCGACGGUCGACCUUGCUGUUCCUCCCACUGUGAAGCUGGAAAAUGGGAGCUCAACCAACGUCAGCAUCACCCUUCAGUUGUGGUGCCUCCCGGAGUGACAGAGUCCUCUUUUCAAGUGACAUCUCGAAAUGUGGGACAAAUUACUGUUUUUCUGCACAAAAAUCAUUCCAACCAAACCGGCCCGAGGAUACACUUCUUGGUGAUCCGCAGCAACGUCGUCAGUAUCAUAAACCAGGUGAUUGGCUGGAUCUACUUUGCAGCCUGGUCCGUCUCCUUCUACCCGCAGGUGAUCUUGAACUGGAGGCGGAAAAGUGUUGUUGGUCUGAGCUUUGACUUCGUCACCCUGAACCUUAUGGGCUUCGUGGCCUACAGCGUGUUCAAUGUCGGCCUCUUCUGGAUACCACACAUCAAGGAGCAGUUUUUCCUCCAACACCCGAACGGAGUGAACCCCGUGGAGAUCAACGAUGUCUUCUUCAGCCUGCACGCCGUGGCCCUCACCCUGGUUGUCCUGCUGCAGUGCCUCCUAUAUGAGGUGAGAGGUGGGGUGGCACCUGCCCCCUGAAGCUGCCAGGCAGCACCCACCACCGCCACCUGCUACCCACACCUGCUGUUUUACCACAGAGACACAGAGC